GUCUAAGGCCACAGCCAUGCCGUCGAAGGGUCCGCUGCAAUCCGUACAGGUCUUCGGACGCAAGAAGACCGCUACAGCGGUGGCUCACUGCAAGCGGGGCAACGGCCUCAUCAAGGUGAACGGGAGACCCCUGGAGAUGAUUGAGCCACGCACGCUUCAGUACAAGGUGCCGGGAUGGAGGACGGGCGUUUGGGUUGAGCGGAGGGCUCUGGAGACGGAAAUGUUAAAACCCCUUGGGGUUCCGGGAGUUCGUGGACCUUGCCGCGGAGAGAUUUGAUAUUAACGACGAGAUGUUAGGGGGCGAGUCGGCGUCGGAAGGACGGUAGUUAGCACAGAUCUGGGCUUGAGAAUCGGACGAUACGGUAAAAGCGUAUCGGAAGAGCGAAAAGAUGGAUGUUGAAGGUUCUUUGAAAACUAGUAUUUGCAAGUAGUCCCAGCUGGGGACCGGUUGGCAGGGCGGUAUAGAGUUAACGAGGCUUAGUUCCUUGGCACCGCGGCUCCAGCAAAGGGCUUAAGCAUAACAGCGAUUGUGAGGACGGCGCAGGACCGGGCUGUGGUUCGUUCUGUUGUACACAGGGUCGCGGGGGGUCGGAACCGACUCGACAGCACGUAACAACAGUUUCUUGCAGUAAGGCAAUGAGGGUCGUGUAUCUUGUUUACAAUUUGUCUGUUUUCUGUAGCAGAGAGUAAGCCCCCAGAAGACAGGGAUCAGUGUAUUGUUUCUGAUAAAUCUAAUGUACCUAAAAUGGGUGGAGAUGGUAGAUUCUCAUGGAGCAUUAAAGGAGUCGGAACCGAACGCGGGUCUGUUUAAUUA